UGCAAGUGGACCUGCGCCUGUCUGCAGUCCUGAGUUAGCACAUCUUCAUGCCACCACUAUUCCAUCUCCUCCUUGGUCAGCCCUGUCUUCCCUGAGGACUUCCUCACCAGGUGCACCUUGGGCCAUGUGCUGUUGUGGACUUUUCCCCCCUUUGUCCUGCUUCCUCCAUUGCAUCACCAGUGGUCCAGCUGAGGCCCAUGACCUGGCGCCGUGACAGCAAUCCAGCACAGGUCCUGUCCCUUAAUUCUGCCCCUGAAAUCACACAGACCACCCAUUACACAGAUUUUCUUUGGAAAACAAACACCUUACCCCACUAUUGUAGAUGAAAUAGGAGCUCAAGCUUAAGCUAAUCCAGGUUCCAGAAUAAAAUAGGAUGCUUUAUAUAGCAGGAAAAUCUGGUCUAAAUGCAAGUAAACAAGACCUCAGAGUCUUUUUCUCUACGUAAGGCCACUUCCCCAGAAGGUGUGUUCAAGCAAUGACAGAAGGGCUAUAAAAGGGACCCCAAGAUGCUCAUACCACACUUUGAUCUGGACAUGGCCAUACAGAGUUUGCUGCAGUAUGUGGGCUUUAGCUCACUGCUUUAUUUGGCAGCAGGGCUGGUCACACUUCUUUACUUUUGUACCAGCUUGAAGAAGUCCGUUUGCAAUUUGCCUCCUGGGCCACGACCUCUUCCUGUGAUCGGAAACUUGAAUGUGGUGGACCUGAGAAAGCCCUUCCAGUCGCUGACAGAGCUCUCCAAGAUAUAUGGCAAUGUCUUCACUGUGUAUUUUGGACCCAAAAAAGCUGUGGUACUGUCUGGAUACGAGACCAUCAAGGAUGCCCUUUUAAAUCAUGCCGAAGAAUUUGGAGAAAGAGCAGAAAUACCCAUAUUUAGGAAAAUGACACAAGGAAAUGGCAUAGCGUUCAGCCAUGGAGAGCUAUGGAAAACUAUGAGAAGAUUCACCUUGUCUACACUGCGAGAUUUUGGAAUGGGGAAGAGAACCAUUGAGUUCCGAAUCCUGGAGGAAGUGAAUUCCCUCAUUAAAUACUUUGAAUCCUAUCAUGGGAAGCCAUUUGAUACGAAGAUGAUACUCAACAAUGCUGUAUCCAACGUCAUCUGCUCUAUAUUGUUUGGAGAGAGGUUUGAAUAUGAUGAUCCUGUAUUUCUAAAUUUGCUGAAGCUGUUAAAUGAAAAUGUCAAGCUUUUGGGCUCUCCUAUGGUGCUGUUAUAUAAUUUCUACCCAUCCCUUGGAUUUCUCUCUGGAGCUUCCAAGACUGUGCUACAAAAUGUCAGUGAACUGAAUGCUUUUCUCCAGAAGCUCUUCCAGGAACACAAAGAAGAGUUUAAUGAAAAUGACUUAACAGGCUUCGUUGAUGCCUAUCUGAUGAAGCAACAACAGGAGUCCAAGAAACCCCACACUGUGUUCGAUAAUGGAAACCUGUUGUUUUCAACGCUGGACCUCUUUGCUGCUGGAGCUGAGACUACUUCUACAACUGUGCGCUGGGGUCUUCUUUUGAUGAUGAAAUACCCAGAAAUCCAGAGAAAGAUUCAGGAAGAAAUGAACCAGGUCAUUGAACCAGGAGAGCUGCCUAAGUUGGAGGACCGGAAAAAAAUGCCUUAUACAGAUGCAGUAAUACAUGAAAUACAAAGGUUUGCCAAUAUUGUCCCAAUGGGUGUAUCACGAUCAACUCCUACUGAUGUGAAUUUCCGAGGCUAUGUGAUUCCUAAGGGUACAGAGAUUAUUCCGCUGCUGACCUCCGCUCUGAAUGACAAAUUGCACUGGAAAACCCCAGAUCAGUUCAACCCUUCUCACUUCCUGGAUGCUGAUGGGAACUUCAUUAGGAGAGAGGCAUUUAUUCCAUUCUCCAUAGGACGAAGGGCAUGCAUUGGAGAAGGACUGGCCAAAAUGGAACUGUUCCUUUUCUUUGCAGGCUUGCUCCGCAAAUUUGUUUUCCAUCCCCCUCCAGGAGUGGAUAAAUCAGACCUAGAUCUCACUGCUGAUGUUGGCUUUACCUUGAGCCCCAUGCCUCACCUGGUUUGUGCUGUGCCCUGUAAAUGAUCAAACAAAAUAGAGUUAGUGUAGUAAACUCUUCAAGCUUGAAAACAAGUCUAGUGUCAGGGGCAAAAAGCUGUCUGCACCUAAGCUUUAGGGGAAGGAAUACACUGGGCACUGCUCUUUUCCUCUCAUCCAUGCCAUUCUUUAAAACAGCUCUUGCACCGUCUGUAUCACGCAAACCCUUCAGUCACCCCUGAGUACUGUGCUCAGAAACAGUGUGAUUAAUUCCUGGCACAGCACAUCAGAGACGCAGUUUUCAGGCCUGUUUGAAAGAAUGAAAUGUCUUUGAGCCUUCUCUAAAGAUGUAACCCGUCAGAGGCUCUCCCUGGAGAGCCUCCACGGGGAAUUUCUCAGCCCGAAGUCCAAGCCCUAUAGUAGAGCUGAUUAGCAGCGACCCAGAUGGAGACAAUAGACACUUAAUGGAUCUAGAAAUCUCCCCAAGACGGUUGUUCAGCUGAGCCUCAGACUGAGCUUCCAUUGUGCGAUACAAUCUGCCUUAUCUUUAUUACAGAGCUCCAGACACAAGGGUGUAACAUGGGCUGAUGCCAAGAGCCAGGCAGGGGACAGUUAUCAGAAAACAUCUGAGUGGUUUGGGAAGUAGGUUCACUCCAGCUCCCAACAGGCACUUUAUGCCGAGGAGCCUAUUUUUCUAGCGGCUUUCUGCUUCUGCUAAGAAACACAUUUCUACCAUUCCCUCACCUCUUCUGGGUUUGUGCUGGCUUUGGCAUUCUGAUCCCUUACUGGGCCAGCUUAGAUCCCUAAACUGGCAGAAAAUGACCAGACACAGACCUGAAAGUUAAUAGUUUCAUCAUCAUGGCUAAAACCUAACACAAGCCCAGGGCAGUGUAAGAGCGAUGCAGCCUGGGGCCAGACAGCAGGACUGCUGUUCUCCCAUCAGAGAGCUGAGAGAGGCUCAAUCCUCUUCUCCACUUACACCUUAGAAGCCAUAGUUCUCUCUAGAUCUUCUCUACCCUCCACAGAGAGAGACAGGCUCCUUGGAUGGUUCAACUGCCAUAAGGUUUGAAUUGCUCCCUCUCUGCAUCGACUGCAGGGUGAAUCAUCAUCCCCAGGCUCCUAAUUCAAACUUCAGUCUUGUGUAUCAGGUGUGUUGGGAUAAAUAGGGACAAUAUUUUCAUUUGACUGAAAAAGGGCUUUAAACUCUUCAGAAAAAGUUGCUAUCUUCAGCUUUUCACCAGAUACACAGCCCCUGGCAUUUGAAGUUGUCUUCUUCUCCAAACAUUCCUUAGGUCAGGCAUAGGCAGCAGGGUCUCGAGGCAGAGUAACACAUCAGCCUGCACUGAAGUGUAUGUGCUCAGCAUAGGACCACGGCAAUAAGAAAUACAAGCAAAAUUUUGGUGCUUGCAGACAUGCUUUGGCCACUUAGGUAGGAACUGAAGUUACAAAUUCAGUGGUGAUAAUGCUCAUGUUCUGCCAGGAGAGAUCCUGCAUCACUAUAAAGUCUAAUUGGAUUUUGAACAUAGCCACUGUGAAAACAGAUGCAAAACUGGUAAUAGAGUCUGGAAGGAGAAACAAGUGAGAACUCGUAACCAAGUCAAUCACCAGUACCAUUAAGCUGUCAUAUAGGGGUCUUUGUAGAAACCUGGUAACACCCCAGAGACUGCGGCUAGAACAGCUGUUUGAUUACUACAAUUAAUGACUUAUUUAAUGUAGCAGCCAUUAGGAGUAGGAACAAUGAAUUGUACCCGCAAGGCUACACCCAUCGAGAGAGGCGCGAUACAUGCGUGAAAUCUGAACGAUGGCAGAGGAACAAGGGAAGAGGCUUCUUCAUGUGUAGUGAAACAGGUACAAAACAAGAUACAGGUUAGGGAGCAGUGAGUCUCUGAAGAUAUUUUUGUGUUGGUUUGGAGGCGGAAAAGGCAGGAUGAAAGCAAAAAGGAGAAACAGAAAAUUACAGAGACUGAGGAGGCAGUUAUGGUAAACCUAUAACAUAAAACUGCAGUUGCUGUCUUCUAAAGCUGAUCUGUGCUACAAAUGGAAGGAAAGAAAGGAGGAAGAGAAUGUGAAGGGAUGACAAGGUUGGGCAGUCAAGACAAGUAGGGCAGUUUGGUCAAGAUACUGACUCUCCCCACUGGCUUUAGUUCAUGCAACUAAAGGCAGCAUGCUAAGAGUUGUACUGUACCUUGUACUUGGACUGGUAUCAUCCUUGCACAUGCAUUGUACCACAGGGCCAGCUCCAGCUUCUGGGUACAUCUCAAGGAGUCUUCUUGACAAGCUAUGUAACAAGAAAGCU